AUGGAGAAACCCGGUUUAUGUUCACAUUGCGGACGGGUGCUUCACAGACACGGGUACGCUCGCUGGCAGGACAUCCAGAACGACAAUCAGUUUGCCAUCAUCAACGAGCCUUUCAAAAGCGAAGCCAACAAGGGGAACUUCUUGGAGAUGAAGAACAAGUUCCUGGCCAGACGGUUCAAGCUCCUGGAACAGGCCUUGGUGAUCGAAGAGCAGCUCCGCCGGGCCGCCUACCUGAACAUGACCCAGGACCCCAGCCACCCGGCCAUGGCCCUCAACACCCGCUUUGCCGAGGUGGAGUGUCUGGCCGAGAGCCACCAGCACUUGUCCAAGGAGUCUCUGGCCGGCAACAAGCCCGCCAACGCCGUCCUGCACAAGGGUAAGAGGCGGGCGGGUAGGCGGGCGCGGCGAGGACGGUCCACGUGACUCCCCCUUCCCACCCACUACCACAGUCCCCCCCGGCCUCCGUGCGUGAUCCUUCUGUAUCCCCCUUCUCCUCUGAAUCCAUUAAAGUGCGGUUGUGCUGAGCAAAGCCACGGUGUGUGGUUGUCUCCUUGGUCCUCCUCUGUGUAUCUUUGCUCUCUCUUUCUCUCUCUGCUUCCGUCUGUCCGCCGAGUAUCCCACAAGUAUCUCGGGAGAAUUCUCCGUCCUCUCUGGUUGUUUUUUUUUGAAGGGCUCUCAAAUCUACUCCCCAUUUUUGCUCCUUGCUGAAUGCCACUCUCCCUCCCGCCCACCAACCCAAAAUAACUCUGGAAUGAGCAACUCGGGGUAGAAAACAAAACAUAUUUGCUGUCAAACAUAAAACAGCCAGAAAAUAUCAUUGGGUUAGAAACUAGGUGCUUUUGGGAUAUCUAGCUUGGCGCCCUUUGAGUCUGCCUUGCAUCCGUUUCACCGAGUAUUGUGAGUUGUCCUGAUUUCACCGUUGUCCCCAUCAAAAUGUCACGUCUCAUAUAUACUGUAUAUAGAUAUAUACGUAUGUAUAUGUAUCAUCAUCAUUUAACAACCGCAUAUUCCCUUGCGGGGGUGAAAUCUUGGUCAAGUGAAUGGAACUGUGUGUUUACUGGCCGAUGCCUUUCCCUGUUGCCAAUGCAGAGUUUUGUUCAGCAGAUGUAUUCUCAUUGUGCCCAGAGAGAGAAAUAUCU